AUGCGUUUCUUCACUUUCAACGACCGCCAAUUCAAACGCGACUCGCGCGACGUGCAUCGCUUCCUCGUCGACAACGUCCACACAGUUGGAGGUCUGUAUGCCUUACUUGUGAAGGCCCUUUCUCACAAGAGGUCCGACAAGAGCCGCAGGUCGAGUAUGUUCGACUCAUGUAAAGUGGUCUUCAGACGAGAUAACUCUAGUAGUAGUAGUAGUAAUAAUAAUAAAAAUAAAAAUAAUAACUCUAAUAACAACAACAAUAAUAACUCUAAUAACAACAACAAUAAUAACUCUAAUAACAACAACAAUAAUAACUCUAAUAACAACAACAAUAAUAAUAAUAAUGAUAAUAAUAAUAAUAAUAAUGAUAAUAAUUUGAAAAGUAAAAAUGACAAUUCGUCGAUGAAGAUGGAGAGGAGUGUGGGUAACUUCGUCCAGAUGAAAAGCGGUGAUGAUGAGUUUUCGGGAAGUAAUAAUAAUAACAACAAUAAUAAUAAUAAUAAUAAAUUAAAUAGUAAUAAUAAUGAAAUGUAUAAUAAUAAUACUAAGGUGUAUAAUAAUAAUAAUGAUAAUAAUAAUAAAUAUAAUGAUUUUAAUUACGGCAGUAAGAAGGGCGAUAAUAAGAAAGAUAAUAGUGCUAACGUCGAUAGCAAUAAUAAUAAUAAUAAUAAUAAUAAAAAUAAUAAUACCAAUAAUAAUAAUAAUAAUAAAUAUUCCAAUGAUGAUGGUGGUGGUGGUGGUGGCGAUAGCGGUGCUGGUGGGAGCAGACGACACGCGUGGUUCGAAGCACGCGUGGGUGGUGAUAGUCAGGUUGAGUGGCUGAUCAGUGGUGACGGUAGUGGUAGCAAAGGUAGUAGUGGUGGUGGUGGUUGUGGUGGUGGUGGUAACGUCGAUGAUGUUAGUGGUCGUGGUAAUGAAGGUUGUGGUAAUGGUGGCUCUGGCAAGGGUGGUUUGGCUAAGAGCUGCAGUGUUCGUAUAACUAGUAGUAGUAGCAGUGAGAGUAAGUUUAGUGGUAGUGGUGGUGCUGGUGGCUCUAAUGACAGCCGCUACUCAUUUAGUAAUGAUGAGGCCAAAAGUUACGACGACAGCAGCAGCAGUAGUAGUAGCAAGGCAUGGUUCGGUGGCGUCAAUAGAAACAACAACAAUGACAACAAUAACAACAACAGCAGCAACAACAUUAACUACAACAUUAACAACAACAACACUAGCGCCAGUAACUACAACAUUAACAACAACACUAGCGCCAGUAACAACACCAACGACAGCAAAAUGAAAUUCGACAUUAUCCACCACCACCACCACCACACGAGCGACAAUAACGACGACGACCGCCUCAACUGUAAAUCGAAGACGCCGGCUACUCGAUCGUCUGCGACAACCAGAUUGUAA